CACGGGCAUCUCGGGGCUGGUGAUGACCCUGAGCGUGGCGCCCCUGGUCGAGAUGACGGGCCCUCGGCGCCUCCUCCUGCUCCUGCUCCUCCCCGCCGGCCUGUUCUGGCUCCUGCAGGCCUUCGCGCCCUUCCUGUCGCUCAUGUACCUGGGGCGCCUCGGCUCGACCUUCGUCUUCACCAUUUUCAAGCCCCUGCUGCCCGCCCUCGCCACGGAGCUGAGCGAGGCGAGUGUCCGGGGCCGUCUGGUGUUCGUGCAGGCCGCGAUCUCGUCAGGGGCGCAGCUGGCCGUGUACGCGAUGGCCUCCCUCCUGCCGUGGGGCCUGACCACGGCGCUCUGCGGGCCGCCCUUCUUGCUGCUCUUCGUGGCCACGCUCUUCGUGCCCGAGUCACCAUACUGGCUCGUGCGUCAAGGGCUGACCGAGGAGGCAACAGACUCCUUGAGAAAGCUUCGAGGGGCGGACAAAGACGUCGGCGCUGAGGCAGACGAAAUCCGCAAAGGGUUGGAACAGCACACAAACACGACGAUGAUCGAUCAAAUCAAGCAGCUCUCCGCCCCCAAGCACCUUCGCCCCGUCGUGUUCCUGACGGCGGUGUUCGGCGUGCGAGAGCUCGGGGGCCAGUACGUGAUCUUCGCCUACACCGUGCACCUCUUCAGGAAGGCCGGCGUGGCGCUGGAUGCCUUCGUGUGCACAGUCCUGGUGGGGCUGGUGAGAUUCGUGUUCACCAUCAUCGCCUCCGCCAUCGCCGACCGCUUCGGGCGCCGGCCGCUCUUCAUCUCGUCGUGUCUGGCGUGCGCCGUCGCCUACGCCGUCGGCGGGGGGUUCCUCCUGCUCGAGCUCCCGGGCACGUCGUGGGUUCCUCUCGCCUCGGUGCUGACUUACGCCGCCUCCUACAGCCUCGGCAUCGGCAUCAUGCCCUGGGUCCUGCUGGGGGAGGUCCUGCCCACUCCGGUGCGGUCCCUGGGCUCCACGAUCUGCACCUUCCACUUCUCCCUCGUCCAGUUCGUCGUCAGCUACGUCUUCCCCGCCCUGCUGCACGCGACGAGCGUGGGCGUCGUCCUCGUCAUAUUCGCCGCUGUGCACGUCGUCCUCACCGCCAUUCUCGUGCUCUUCCUGCCCGAGACUCGAGGGCGGUCGCUCAGUGAUCUCCAGGACGUGUUUGCUCCUCGAAGCCAGCAGGUCGACUCCGAGGGCGACUCUGCGAGCGAUAGUCGAGGCAAAGAGACUCCGGAAGGAAAGGAAGAAGUGAUAGAAUGAAUGGAAUUUCUUGAUGGAACUUAAUAAAAGCAUUUUCUAAAUCUUCGUGGGUGAUGUUCGUUAUGUAAAUAUUUCCCUUUUUAGGCAAUUUUCUUUAAUGUAUCGUCCUUACAUGAGAGACCCUGUGUAUGUCUAGGUUAAUAGAUCACGUCGCUAAGGAUAUUCAAAUCACAUAAUUUUUGGAAACUGAGCAUAAUUGGAACACUUCUACAGUAUUGUUAUUGAUGAAAACAUUAAUAGGAUUUCUUUUUACUUUAUGUUAUUUUCCCAUUGUCAUUAUUUACCCCAUUUUGAAGAAUAAAAAAUUCUGAGAUAUCUCUUAUUCUAAUAAACCUCACAGAUUGACAGGAAUGAAAAGGGGGCGGAGCUAAAUGACGUCAUCACAUUUAGCCAAUCAUGACAUGCCAGAUACAGCUAGAUACAUAAUUACUAUUUACUCUACGUUGACAUGAUUACCAGAAGUAAUUUUUUUUUAAAAAUCCAAUCUCUUGUAUACGAUAGCGAAGUGUUUUAUACCGUAAACAUAGCAUCAGAAUACUUUAGGGAAAACCAUCAAUUUUAUUUAUGAUUAUAUGGAUGGAUUCAUUUGAGAUCAAUAUGAUUAUGAAUUAUUUUUUAGGUA